GGAGGAGAAGAAGAGAGUCAGAGAACGAGAGAAGAAGCAACAAGAAGAAAGAAAGAGGAGAGGAGAUGUGCAGAAAAAGAAACAGCAAAAUAAACAACUAAAGAAGAGACGGGAAAUGAAAGAGUGAAGAAAAGAACCGAGACAAAAGAGAAGAAACAUGAAAAACUGACAGAAGAAACAAAAAGAAAAGAGAUGAAGACAAACAACAAACAAGAACAAGAGGAGAAGAUGUGAAAGAGAACAAAGAACCAGGUUCCAUCCAGAGCAGAAUGUGUGACGACAGAAAGAACGAGGAGGAGGAGGAAGAGAAAGAGGAGGAAGAGGAAGAAGUGACCGUUCUGCCAUUUCCCCCUCCUCCUUCCUCUGUUGCCGGGGAGACGAUGAUGUCAUUGCGGAGGCAGGACCUGGUGUGCAUCGUAUGUUUCGGCAGCUAUGACCUCAUGACGCGGUUGCCGCGGAGACUGCACUGUGGCCACGCCUUCUGCCAGGCGUGUCUGAAGAGACUGGACACGGUCAUCAACGAACAGGUGUGGAUCCCAUGUCCCCAGUGUCGCCAGAACACGCCUCGGCCCCGGGGCGGUGCUGCUGGUCUGGACCUGGACCUGCCGUCCUUCCUGGGGGUGAAGAACCAGCAGACCUGCAGCUCCUCCUGGAGGGAGGGGGCAGCGGCCGGAGACGCAGCCCAGAACGGGAAGCUGUGGCUGGGGAAGGAGGCAGCCGAUGACAGCUGGUCACAUGGAGGUCUGGCUGAACCACGCUUCCAUCGCUACGGCUCCUGCUGCCCGCCGCCGUCCUAUUGGCUGUGCUGCUGGUUCUGCUGCCCAGGGCGGGGCUAACGUUGAUGGGGCAGAAAUGACCUCUGUAUUUAUUUAGGAAACAUGAUGUCACAAUUCAAUGUGAACACGAGGAAAACAAUCAAAUCCUGCAGAAAUUACAAGCUGAGCAGCAGAAAAUAAAGACUAAAGAGGAUUUAUGGAGGUUUGUGUGAGAGACUUUUGAUCCCUGAGUUUGUCCUGACAGAAGCACUCGCCUUACAGAUGAUACUGAGGGAACUGCAGCUUCCUGGUCAGCCCACAGGGGGCACUGUAACGCCUCCAACAGGAAGAAACCACCUUCGUUAUAAGUUAAACUUUAAUUCAGAUCAGUUAUUUUACAAAAGUCAUCAGGAAAACAGGAGCAGAGUAAACAAACAAACAAACAAUAAACUGAGGUUUAAGUUGAAUGUUUCUGUUUAACCAAUCACAGGCCUCCGGCUGAAUCUCCACCAGUCAGCUGCUUCACAUGGUGAGCAUGCUAACGCUAACAAUAAAGCUUCAGGCUUUGUGUCGGCGGACGGACGGAGGGUCGAGCUUUUAUUGUGACAGUCUGAUCUGAAUGAAUGUUUCCUGUUAAAUAAAACCUGUUUGUGUGAUUUUAACA